AUGUCUUUUGUCACGCCGGUGCCAUCCUCCGCGAGUGAGGGCUCUGCGGCUGCUGGCGACUGGGGAUUUUCGGGACCCGUGAAAGGGUUUCCUUCGGCUCAGACAGCUCCGCUGUCGACUCUCGACGUCGCAGCACCAGCGGAACAGAGUCCCGCCCAGGGGGAGCAGUGGGAAGCGCUGUACGCGUCAGUGCAGGACGCGGUGCUCAUGUAUAACGCGCAGUUCGUCUCCGCGCUGGCGGAUGGUUUCCCGCCCGCUGCUGACGUCAUAGCGUCCCUGGACGAGGCCCUGCAGGACCUGGCGAAAGACGUCUACGUGGCAAUGGAUAAGAUGGAAGAGGGAGUAAGCCAACGAGCCUCGCUGUUUCCUAUCCGCGUCUUUGCAAUGUGUGCGUCUCUGGAAGUCUCUCGCUGCCGUAGGCUGUUCCCGAAGCUGCAGGAGGAGGAGGAAGAGGAGGAGGGGCAGCAGCAGCAGAAAAGUGACCACUAUGUAGCAGGGGAAGUGUCAGGUGAAGGGGUUUCUAAGGAUGCUCCAGGGGUUUCAACAGAAGUUUCAGGAGAACUAAAAGGUUGGUCUUUCCUUGCCGCUGCUGGCAAUCUCAGGGACCAGCCAGUAUCCGCAGCGCUUCCGCCGUUGGAUGAGGACGAUCUGACGGUUCUGGAGCAGCUGUUGGAGGAGGCGGGGGACGAGAUUCAGGGCCUGUUCCUAAACUGCAAGGGGUCACUGUACGGUCUUGGUGUCACACAUGCUCGUUCCCUCGCCCGUUUUUCUAUCCUGGGGAAGGCACUGAAAGCAGCAAUAGAGGGAGCAACGGAAGCGAGUUUCACUGUGUUAAGGGAUGGACGGGAGGAAGUGAGGUAUUUGGAGAGGAGAGAGGCGGGGGAGAAGGAGGGUGGGGAGAGGAAAGAGGAGGGAGAAGGAAGAGGAGUGGGAGCGAGUGGGAGGGGAUCUGGAUUUGAGUUUGAUACUUCAAAGGUCUCAAGCGGAUGCAGUCAAUCAAACGAGGGAGAGAAGGAGAGGCGGAUAUCGGGGGGAGAGGAGGAAGAAGAAGAGGAAGACGACGAGGAUGAUGACGACAACUCUGACACUAACGAGAGUGACAAUAUCGAGGAUGACUGUAUUAUAUGGGAUGACGGGCUUCAGGAUAUCAGGGCACUGUUCGCCCCUAAGCAGUCCGUUACGACCCCCUCUGGAAAAUCUCCCUCUGCUUCUUCCACCUCCUCUACCCCCUCAGCAGCAGCACUUACACCCCAAGGGAGACCUGAAGCCACUAGCCCUGUCUUCUCUAACCAGAACCAGCAGAAGCAGCAACACCUGCGAACGCAGUCGGAGGUGAUUCUUGACUCGACUCAGAAGUCACCUAGAGCCGCUAACUCGAUUUUCUCUGACCGGCAACAGCAGAACCACCAGCGGGCCUUCUCAGUCGCUGUAACGCCUAACUUAUCCUCUGACUCGAGUAACCUGACAGCUGACAGCAAGACAUGUGCACCAGGGGCACCCACAGAAGCAGCAGCAUCCAUACCAGGAACUCCGAAAGGGCCGCGGCUGGGAGCAAGGAUUCUAUUGGAGCGAAUCCGAGACUAUCAAUGGCUGGCGGAAUGGCUAGGGAUUGACCCUGAUGAGCUGCUAAUCCACAAAGUCCUCUCCGUUGUGCCUGUAGGCAUGCUCCUUACUGACCUGGGCGUGCCACGCUCGUUAGAGUCCGGUUUGUUAGAGUCACAGCGCCCGCUGCUGCUGCGGGUGGUGCUGCCGGGGUUCCGGGAGGAGGUGAAGAGACGGCUGUUGGGAGCCGGGCUGGCGUGGACCGAAGGGAUGCUGGUCAAGACGGUGGUGUUUGAACCGAAGAGGAAUGCCGCUGUGUUCACUACAGGAGGUGGCAGUGCUGCUGCUAGCGGUGGUGCUUCUGGUUCUGCUGCUGAUGCUGCCGGUGCUGGUGGUGGUGGUGGGGAAGCGGGUGCAGCGACUGGUGCUGCUGCAGCUGCAGCAGCAGCAGGAGGGAAAGGAUUGGCCAAGAAACCCAGCCACAACCGAACCAAAAGCGCCGAAGACAUGCAAGAACUAUCCCCGUUUGUGUCACAUGCGGUACAAGAAUCGCUCACAGCAGGCGGCGGGCUUGCAAAACAGAUUCCCCUGGAGGACAUUCUGGCAGCGACAGACUCGUGGAGCCCGGAGAGGAAGCUAGGGGAAGGCGCGUAUGGCACGGUGUUCAAGGGGGUUGUUGGGCGCGGUGGGGAAGGUGGAGAUGGCGAGCUAUGGGCUGUGAAGCGGGCAGGCAAUGUGUCGGGGUCUCAUCUGGAGGAAUUUGAGAAGGAGGUGAGUUGGAUUCGGCUGGGCCGGGCUGGGCUGGGCUGGGUUGGGCUGGAUUGGGCUGGGUGUAGCUUCAUAAGGCUAAGCCAGAUUCCCCUGGAGGACAUUCUAGCAGCAACAGACUCGUGGAGCCCUGAGAGGAAGCUAGGGGAGGGCGCGUAUGGCACGGUGUUCAAGGGGGUUGUUGGGCGCGGUGGGGAAGGUGGAGAUGGCGAGAUAUGGGCAGUGAAGCGGGCGGGCAAUGUGUCGGGGUCUCAUCUGGAGGAAUUUGAGAAGGAGCUCGGGGAGGGCGCGUACGGCACGGUGUUCAAGGGGGUUGUUGGGCGCGGUGGGGAGGGUGGAGAUGGCGAGAUAUGGGCUGUGAAACGGGCUGGGAACGAGUCGGAGUCACAUCUGGAGGAGUUUGAGAAGGAGGACAUUCUGGCAGCGUCAGACUCGUGGAGCCCGGAGAGGAAGCUAGGGGAGGGCGCGAACGGCACGGUGUUUAAAGGGGUUGUUGGGCGCGGUGGGGAGGGUGGCAAUGGCGAGAUAUGGGCAGUGAAGCGGGCAGGCAAUGUGUCAGGGUCUCAUUUGGAAGAGUUCGAGAAGGAGAUUCCUCUAAAGGACAUCCUAGCAGCAACAGACUCGUGGAGCCCUGAGAGGAAGCUAGGGGAGGGUGCGUAUGGCACGGUCUUCAAGGGGAUUGUUGGGCGCGGUGGUGGGAGUGAAGGUGGCGAGAUAUGGGCUGUGAAGCGGGCAGGGAAUGUGUCGGGGUCUUUUCUGGAGGAAUUUGAGAAGGAGGUGUCAUUCAUGAGUCGCAUGGCCCACCAGCACCUCGUGCGCCUCACAGGAAGUACCAGUCCGGUGUCAUUCAUGAGUCGCAUGGCCCACCAGCAUCUCGUGCGACUCAUAGGCUUCUGGGCGGAUUGUGACGAGCGAAUUCUCAUCUACGAGUUUAUGCACAAUGGCACGCUCGCCUCCCGUAUCCACCGUGCCGUGGUGCCUGCAUCCCCUACUGGAGAAGCACCGAAGAAGGCGCCCCCUCCCCCUCUCACUUUCGACGAGCGUGUCGCCAUCUCGGUAGGGGCAGCCGAGGGCCUGCGCUACCUGCACGAUUUUGCCCGCCCGCCCGUGAUCCAUCGCGAUAUCAAAUCGGAGAAUAUCCUGCUGGCAGCGGAUCUGCAGGCCAAGGUGGCGGAUUUCGGGCUGCUGAAAGCGAAUGACCAGGGUGGGCCCGGGCGGCAUGUGGCGAGAACGAGGCUGAUGGGCACGCCUGGGUAUUGUGACCCGGAGUAUUCCCGGACUUACAUCGCCACGCCCAAGAGUGACGUGUACAGCUUUGGGGUUGUUCUUCUGGAGCUGGUGACGGGCCGCAGAGCCAUCCUAGCAGAGCCGAGCCAGAAGACAGGGAUGAACCUGGGCAACGUAGCAUCGCUGCUGCAGCGCUCCAAGCGCAAUGCCAAAGCGAGCGCCAUGGAGCCAGGGGCCACAACUACGCUCGUGCAAUGGGCCAUUCCUCUGAUCACAGCAGGCAAGCUCAAAUCCGUAGUUGACCCGGCCCUGGAAAACAACUACCCACCAGGAGGGAUGAAAGCAUUCGCCAAUGUGGCGGUCAUGUGCGUCCAAAAAAGCGCCGCCCAGCGGCCGACCAUGGCUGAGGUGGCGACACGCCUGUCUGCCAUCCAACACAAGGUGCAAGACCUGCACAUUCAGGGGGAAGAGCCCAAGUAUAACUUCCAACCCACUAUCGGAACUGGUGCUCCGCCUGGUGCUGCUGCUGCUGCUGCCGCGCCCAUUCCAAGAGCACAGUCGGCCCCUCGGCCCAAAUCGCCAGCUCCAAAGGUGCCGCAGAAAAAGGCUGGGGAGAAGAGCGGGAGUGGGGCGGGAGCAAAGGCAAAAGCGAAGGAUGCAGGCGUUGGGGAGGGGAAAGAGACGAAGGGGAAGAAGGCGGGAGGGAAGGGGGUUACGCGGGCCAAGACUGAAGGCCGCCUGAUCACCAUGACUGUGGAGACUGAAGUUGUUUCUCAAGCAGCAUCCCCUUCCUCCAACUACACAGCCACCAUGACCAGGGAUACGCCGUUCUACUAUGUCUGGCCUGCGACGGAGCCUCUCGUGCAGACUUUCGAGUGGAAGGUCGAUGAGACGCCGGUGUCGAACCUUCCGUUGAUGCUCUGCACAUGUAUAGGCUAUGUCGCGUUCAUUCUAGGGCUGAAAUGGUACCGGACAAAGAACAAGAUGGCACCAGUGAAUCUGGGCUUCCUCCCUGCCAUUCACAACCUGAUCCUGUGCCUCUGGUCCCUGGCGAUGUUCCUGGGAACGAUCCACGCAAUGCUCUUGGAUUCCGAGAUCAACAAGUAUGACACCGGCAUGGGCAAGUAUACGUGGCUUCUCUGUUUCCCGUCAACCGUCAAGCCAGUCGGUUAUCUGUGGUUCUGGAGUUACAUCUACUACCUCAGCAAGUACUACGAGCUCCUGGAUACUGUCAUCCUGGUGCUGAAGAACAAGCCGCUGUCGUUUCUCCACGUGUACCACCAUGCAACCAUCGUCUUCCUCUGCUGGCUGUGGCUAACAAACACGCAGUCUCUCCAGGUCAUCGCCAUCACCAUCAACACAGGGAUCCACGUGAUGAUGUACUUCUACUACUUCAUGCACAGCUUCCCCCCCGCUUACUCUUUCCAUUCUUCCUCUCUUCCACUAUCUUUCCCUUUUCCCGUCUUUCUCUUGGCCCUCUUUCUCUUCCCUCCCCUCGUUCAUUUCCCCCUUCGCCCUCUUUUCCCCACGUUCUCCUCUCCCCACGUUCUCUUCUCCCGUUCUCUUAUCCCCUCGUUCUCUUCUCCCGUUCUCUUAUCCCCUCGUUCUCUUCUCCCCGUUCUCUUCUCCCCUCGUUUUCUUCUCCCAUCGUUCUUCUCUCCUCGUUCUCAUCUCCUCUCUUUCUCUUCCCCCCUCGUUCUCUUCCCCCUCGCUCUCUUCCCCGUUCUCUUCCCCCUCUCGCUCUCUUCCCCGUUCUCUUCCCCCUCGUUCUCUGUAUCUUUCGUUCUCCUCCCCCCUUCUUCUUCCCCUUUUCUCAUUCCUCCUCUUCUCAUUCCGCCUCUUCUCAUUCCCUCUCCACUCUUUAACCAUCUUCUCUUUCAUCCACUUACCUUCCAUAUUCUUUCUCCUUUCUUCCCCAUCCCAAAACCCUUCCCAUCCUGCUCAUCUUCCUAUCGCUUUCUCACCAUCUAUCUUCUUCUUAAACCCCUCCCCGCUUCCCUUUUCUCACCACUCCCCGCCCUCGAUCUCCACCUCGUCUUCUCUUGUACCCCUGCCUGA